AUGGAGUUCCAUCGAAAAUUUCUCAAUACUAUUCAAUCAUUAUUACCAAUGCAAAUAUUUAUUUGCUAUUGUUUUGUUAUUAGUGGUUUAAUUGUUAAUUUUGUUCAACUUUUAACAUGUAUUUUUAUUUGGCCAUUUAGUAAACAAAUAUAUCGUCGAAUAAAUUAUCACCUAGGAACAUUAUUAUGGAGUCAAUUAACUUUUCUGUAUUCAUGGUGGUCUGAUUCUAAUGUAACAGUUUAUGUUGAUCCACAAGAUUUAAAACAUCUUCAACAUGAAUAUUCAAUUAUACUUGUUAAUCAUCGAUAUGAAAUUGAUUGGCUUCUUGGAUUAGUAGUUGCACAAGAACUUGGUAUACUUGGAGGUUUAAAAAUUGUUGGAAAACGUUCACUUAGUUUAAUACCAAUUCUUGGUUGGUCAUGGUUUUUUUCUGAAUCAAUUUUUUUACGUCGUAUUUGGGAAAGUGAUAAGAAAGUAUUAGAACAUGAUAUUCAACAACUUCUUAAUGGUUAUCCAGAUAAUUAUUAUUUUAGUUUUUUGAUGGCUUGUGAAGGUACACGAUUUACAGAACCAAAACGAUUAGAAAGUAUGAAAUAUGCACAAGAGAAAAAUUUACCAGAAUUAAAAUAUCAUAUAUUACCACGGACAAGAGGCUUUACAAUGAUUAUGCAAGGAGCAAAAGGAAAAAUACCAGGUAUUUAUAAUUUUAUGCUUGGCUUUUCAAAGGAUGGUGCUUCACCAAUAUUUCGUACAUUACUCAAAGGACAUUCGUGUAAAGCUCAACUUUAUAUCAAACGAGUUCCUACAUCACAAAUUCCAUAUGAAGAUGAUGCAACAUGUGGUGAAUGGAUACAUAAACUUUUUCAAGAAAAGGAUCGUAUUUAUGAUCAUUUUAUUCAACAUGAUAAUUUUGAUGGUCUUGGUGUACCAGAAGUACCUGUUGUUCGAAAUUAUUCUGAUCUUUUAAUUGAAAUUUUUUGGAUUGUUACUAUUGGUAUUCCUUCAUUGAUUUGGUUUGGUAAAUUUAUCUUUCAUAGUACAUUAUUUGGAAAAAUCAUAUUUGCAUUGAUUAUUCUCAUGGUUUAUGUGAUUGUACAAUUAAUGAUUAAUAUGUCGUCUUGUUUCUUUUAUUGUAUUAUUAAUUCAUUAAAAAUGUUCUGUCCUGAUGAAGAACUUAUUGAAGAAGAUGAUGCAUCAAGUCCAUUUAAUCUUGUCAUGACGUUUAUUUUAACACCACUUCUUGUUAGUCGACGAGUUAAACGAAGUGCAGCAUUAGUACGACAAAAAUUAGGUACUGGUGUUAGACGCACAAUGUCGAAAUCAAUACGUGGUCUAUCAUCAACUGCAAAACGAAUAGCAAGAAUGAAACAUUUCGUUAAAAAACCAAGAAAUUUAUUAAAGAAACCAAAAGCACCAUCAAAAAUAUCAAUUUAUAAAUUGUUACCACUUAGAUUAAUCUCACGUUUAAUGGGUUGGAUAAGUCGUCUUUAUUUACCUGUAUGGCUUCGUCCAUUAAUCUUUUAUUUUUAUAUAAAAAUAUUCUCAUGUAAUCCUCAUGAAAUGUAUAAUGAAGAUCUUAAAUCUUAUUGUACAAUAUCAGAAUUUUUUCGUCGUAAAAUAAAAAUGGAAUUACGUCCGAUAGAUAAACAAUCUCCAAUCGUAUCACCAUGUGAUGGUCGUGUUUUAACAUGUGGUAAAGUAUCUCGUGGCCUUAUUGAACAAGUUAAAGGUAUAACAUAUACUGCAUCUUCAUUUCUUGGUGUUCCAUUAACGGCUGGUUUAACGAAAUUUCAACAACAAAAUAAAACGAGAUCUAAUUCGACUUAUGAUUAUGAUGAUGCACAUUCAUAUGCUGAAAGCUUACUUAGAUAUCGUGGUCAUGCACUUUAUUAUGCAGUUAUUUAUCUUGCUCCUGGCGAUUACCAUCGAUUUCAUUCACCAACAGAAUGGCAAAUAAGUUGGCGCCGUCAUUAUAUUGGUCAUUUAUUUUCUGUAAAUCCAAAAGUUGCUAGUUGGCUUCAAAAUUUAUUUUGUUUAAAUGAAAGAGCAGCUUAUUAUGGUUCAUGGAAAUAUGGAUUUUUUUCUAUGACAGCUGUUGGAGCAACAAUUGUUGGUAGUAUUAAUGUUCAUUUUGAUCCUGAAUUAAAAACAAAUAUUCGUCGUCGACCACGAUUAGAAAAAACCUUUCAAACAAUUCGAAAUUCAAAUGGAAUUUUACUUAAACGUGCUGAUAAUUUUGGUGACUUUAAUUUUGGUUCUACUGUUGUACUUGUUUUUGAAGCACCUGACAAUCUUGUUUUUAAUGUUAAACCUGGUGAUCCAAUUAAACUUGGUCAAUCAUUAUGUGAUCUUGAUAGACAAAAUGAUAUUGAUAUACAAGAUAUAAAACAACGUGGUAAUACAUCAUCAACUCUUUCAACUGAAGAAACUCAAAGUUCAAAUGAAGAAGAUGAAAAUCUUAAUGUUGAGAAUGAAGAACAAAAUAUUGAUCGAAAAUUACUUAUUGAUACAGUUGCACUUGAUGCAGCUAUUGUUGAUGCUGAUGCUAUUGCCAAUGCUGAUGUUAUUACUGAUCAAGAAGG